AUGUGUAACACACCCAGUGUAUUCCCAGCUUCUCUGCAGUUUGAGCAGUAUGGACACAGUGACACAGUCUUCCUGCCUGUCUCAGACGAUUCUGGCUCACGCCCCCUUGUCCUCUCCCUCCUUCACCACCUCAUCUCGCUCUCUCUCUCUCUGUCUCUUUGUCUCUGUCUCUCUCUCCCGCUCUCUCUCUGUAAUGCUGGGCUGUGGGUGAGUGUGUCCAUAACCAGAUUGAAGCUGGGGAAGCUAAAGGUGGUGCGGCGGCAGCUGCUGCAGAGGUAUGAACACCAGCCAUUUGUCUCCUGCUUGGCUGGACUCUACGGUUGCCAAUGGAGACGCUACCAAAGAGCCCGGGCGCAGCCAGGAGAGUGCUGCUGCAGCAGGCUGGAGUGCUUCAGUUUUGGACUCCUGAUCGUCACCUUCUUCCUGAGUUUUGUGUUUCUCUACUUCUGGAGUGAAGCUCAGAAUGACUACAAUGAUUUUGACUGGUUCAACUUCGGGACUCUGGGUUUCUGGUUCCCCUGGUCUCUGGUCCUGCUCAUUGUUGCUGCUGCCCUUUUUACAUAUAUCGCUCUACUCCUGGUGCUGGCAGUGUGUCUGCUCUCUGAGGGUCAGAGGCUCUACCUCCACUGGAGCCACAAGACUGGGAUCGUGGUGACGCUGGUGUUCUCCGUCACAGCCACCGCCGUACUGUCUGACCUGUGGAGUGAAGAGUGGUGGACACUCCUGCUCUCUCUGCAGAUCACGGCACCUUUCCUCCAUCUGGCUGCAGUUGCUCUGAUGGCAGUUCUGUCUUGGCCCAUAGCCUUGCACUUCUUCCGCAUGAAUAAGAAAGGGCGUCAGGUGUCCGUCCUGGGCCUCUACCUGUCGGUGCUCUUCUCUCUCUACCUGCUUCCUCUGGGGAUGUAUUCUCCCUGCAUUAAAGCGCCAGGAACCUUGGGCCGUGCUCCAGCACUCAUUGGCCACCGAGGAGCUCCGAUGCUCGCUCCAGAGAACACGGUCAUGUCGUUUGAGAGAGCGGUUGAAGCGGGAGGAGAAGGACUGGAGGCCGACGUCACCAUCAGUUAUGAUGGUGUUCCGUUCCUGAUGCAUGACUCCACCCUGAGGAGAACCACCAACAUUGCUGAUGUUUUCCCAAAUCGAACGCACCUCGACGCCUCCCUGUUCACCUGGGCCGAGCUGCAGCAGCUGAACGCUGGUGGCUGGUUCUUAUCGACGGAUCCCUUCUCUACUGUGUCGUCCUUGUCUGACAUGGAUCGCUCGCUGGCUCAGAACCAGUCUGUCCCCUCGCUGGCCCAGUUCCUGGAGGUAGCGGCCCGUGGCGGCAGCCUGGUGCUGUUCGACCUGCGCAGACCUCCACCAGGACACCCCUACAGCCGCUCGUACAUCAACACCACCCUGCAGGUGGUGCAGGCUCACAUCAACUCCUCCCAGGUGCUGUGGCUGCCGUCUGACGACAGAGCGCUGGUUCAGGCUGCAGACCCAGACUUACAGCAGACCUCUGGAGACAAGGCUUCUAUUCAGGAACUGACCGAUGCUCGUAUCACCAGACUCAACCUGCACUACAGCGCCAUGUCUCAACAGCAGAUCAGUAAGUACCGGUCGCUGAACAUCAGCACCAACCUCUACGUCGUCAGCCAGCCGUGGCUCUACACUCUGGCCUGGUGUGCUGGGGCCCAGUCCGUAACCACCAACUCUGUCCACAUCCUGUCCACCGUCAACAAGCCGCUCUUCCUCAUGACUCCUGAGGAAUAUAGUCUGAUGUGGGUUCUGACGGAUGCAGCGUCUGCCUUCCUCAUCAUUGCAGUGUUCAUAUUCCACUGGUGGAGAGAGCGAGGCCUGCUGUUCUGGUCCGGCAGCCGCCAAACGCACGAGAAUGGACCAUACAGCAAGUUCAGGACAGAGAUGAGUGACGUGUGGUCCAUCUCCAGUGUCAACGUCCGUCCACACUUACGGAGCACGCCCAGUUCACCUGUAGCUGCUCACCUGGCCACCAUUACAGAGGAGUGAUGGAUAGAGAGAGAGAGGCAGGGCAGGCAGAGGAGGGAGGGAGAGAGCGCUCUGUGGAGGUCAACGUUCAUUGAUUCAUGUAGCUGUGACAUCUGUGUCAAUACACUGCUGUUUACUGGAGCUUUAGAUUUGUGACAGUUAUCAACUCGCAGACGGAGCAGAUGAAUGUUAAAAGAUGGAGCAGCUCCGUCCGUUUCUACGCCCCCCUCAUCCGCAGCUGCUGACUGAAUCCGAGCCCAGGAGCAGCGCGGUCCACCUCCAUUAUCCAAUGAAGACUGUCCACCAUCUGUCAUGUCGGCUGCAGAGGAUGAAUUGAACCCUGCUGGACUGAGAAUGAAUGUAAAGAGGCUGGAGACGAAACCGUCACUGUUUAUGUCUGUACUACAGUGAAUGUAGGAAGCUGUGAUCAGUGCCAAAUGUAUAAGCUGCUCUUAAGACCAAGAAUGGAUGGAUGAACUGAUGAAUGGGUGAACUGAUGGAUGGAUGAACUGAUGGAUGGAUAGUUGGAUGGAUAGUUGGAUGGAUGUGUGGAUGGAUGGAUGGAUGGAUGGAUGGAUGGAUGGAUGGAUGGAUGGAUGGAUAGAUGAUGGAUGGAGGAAUGAUGGAUGGAGGAAUGAUGGAUGGAUGGAUAGUUGGAUGAAUGAUGGAUGGAUGGAGGAAUGAUGGAUGGAUGGAUGGAUAGUUGGGAGGAUGACCUGAUGGAUGGAUGGAUGGAUGGAUGGAUGGAUAGUUGGAAGAUGAACUGAUGGAUGGAUGGAUGGAUGGAUGGAUGGAUGGAUGGAUGGAUGGAGGAAUGAUGGAUGGAGGAAUGAUGGAUGGAGGAAUGAUGGAUGGAUGGAUAGUUGGAUGAAUGAUGGAUGGAUGGAGGAAUGAUGGAUGGAUGGAUGGAUGGAUAGUUGGAAGGAUGACCUGAUGGAUGGAUGGAUGGAUAGUUGGAAGAUGAACUGAUGGAUGGAUGGAUGGAUGGAUGGAUGGAUGGAUAGUUGGAUAGUUGGAUGGAUGAACUGAUGGAUGGAUGGAUGGGUGGGUGGGUGGAUGGAUGGAUGGAUGGAUGGAUGGAUGGAUGGAUGGAUGGAUGGAGGAAUGAUGGAUGGAUGGAUUGACGGAGCCACCGACCGUAGUUCACCUGUGCUGUUGUUCGCAUGUAAAGUGAUUCGAUUCCGUAUCUCAGCUUUCAGGUGUGACGUCCAUGAGGUUCAAGCUUUGAUUCUGUGCAGGACGUACCAGGAAGUGCUGAUUAAAACCAUCCUGUGGUGUGACCUUGUUGUAUUAAGUGUCUGAAAGGAGCUGGUCUGUGUCCUGAACUGGCUCUGGUCUGACUCUGGACUACGUUUGUUAUUCUUCACCUCGGGUUUCUGUUCAUCAUCAUGUCUAUAGCUGCUAAUGUAAUGUACUACAUAGUAUUGUAAUAUAAACAAGCGCUAGCAUUUGUGUUGAAUAUUGUAUGCAAAGCCUUUUAGCUGCAGGCGUCAGUGGACUCUGCACAGCCGUAUUUAUUCUAUUGAAUAUGAUGCUGCCACCUGAGGCCGCUGGUUGCAUUAGAUUUACUUUAGAUGCAUUGCGUUUCUGGCUUUGCAUGUGUUGGAUGUAUCCGACAUCCUUUAGAUGCUUUCUUCAGAUGAUUCUGCAGGAAGCUGUCCAUCUUUAUGGACACCAAACACACCUUCAGGCUGUAGGACUUUUAAUGUGGGGUCUUUCAGUUUCUUUUCUGAAGAGCAGUGUUUGGUUGGACCUCUGAGCCGGUCGUCAGCAGUAGAACGUCCUGCUUGGGUCUGGGUAAGUUCACUAAAUGUUUAAUCCAAAGCUUCUCGAUAUUAGAGCUUAAUUCUAGUGGUUAGAUUACACUGAUUGGAGGACAGACCUGGUUCUACCACGUGAAUGGUUGGUUUGUUAGGACGAGCAACAAAGCUCUGCUGUGUAAAACAAGUGGACGUGAAGCUUUAUAUAGUCAGAUCUGAGAAUGAGGAGCACACAGGCUCAUCAUCUCUGACCAUGAGUUGAAGCUGGAGGAUGAAUGAGCAACAAUUUUUUCUUAUUUUAUAGAAUAUUUACAGCUUUUUUACUGUAAUGUUUCUCUGAAUGUAAACGCUGCUGUCAUCUGAAAUUAAAACUAAAAAAGGA